UACGGACGUAUGUUAUCUCUCUUGUCGCACUCAACUUUGUUGGUCCACACCACUUAUACACGUAUAUAUGUACUAGUCGUUGUGCAUUUGUAUUCGUGCCUACUUUAUAUGUGGUCGUGGUCGUAGUCGUAGUUCUCGUCACGUUUUUCGUCGACGAAAUGUGAGACGAAGGAGACGAACGACAAUUUUUUACAAUUCAUUGACCGACGUUUAUAACAAUCAAAACAGUGUGAAUAGAAGAAUGUUUACUGAGUGUAGGAUGUGAUACUCAUGCCCGUAGCUAUUUCUUUAUAAACGAUUCGUAACAGACAGUUCGGUGGGAUAUAUGAAUUGUAAAUUGACGUUUGUCAAAUAGUGACAUCGGAAUUGAAAUACAAAUGAAUAUAAACAUGAGUAGUACGAUGAAAGACACAGCUGACACAAAACCGUACGAUGGGACAAAUUUUUAUAUAGGAUUAGGUUUAGCAAUCAGUUCCAGCGGGUUCAUAGGCGCUAGUUUCAUAAUUAAAAAAUUGGCGUUGAUGCGUCUCCAAAGACGUGGCGGGGUACGCGCUUCGUCCGGUGGAUUUGGCUACUUGAAAGAGUGGAUGUGGUGGACUGGUCUUUUAUCAAUGGGUAUUGGAGAAGCAGCUAAUUUUGCUGCUUACGCGUUCGCGCCAGCUUCGUUGGUCACUCCGUUAGGGGCACUUAGCGUUUUGGUAUCUGCGAUAUUGGCAUCCAAGUACUUAAACGAAAAGCUGAAUUUGUUGGGAAAGAUUGGAUGCACCCUUUGUAUCUUAGGCUCCACGAUUUUCGUGAUUCAUUCACCAAAGGAAGAAGAAGUCAGUACUCUGGAUGAGCUUCUAGAUAAAGUGGAAGCUCUAGGCUUCCUCAGUUACGUCUUCAUUGUGAUAUUAUGCAGCGUUUUAAUUAUAUUCUAUCUUGGCCCCAUUUACGGGAAACAAAAUAUUCUAGUCUACAUUUGGCUGUGUUCCUCGGUGGGUUCGUUAUCCGUCGUAAGUUGCAAGGGGCUAGGCCUUGCUUUGAAAGAAACUAUUACCGGACUUAGUAACGGAUUUGCGAACUCGUUGACGUGGAUUUUCUUGUUCGCUGUCAUAAUUUGUAUAAGCAUUCAAAUGAAUUAUUUGAACAGGUCACUCGAUCUGUUCGAAACGACGAUCGUCACACCAAUUUACUACGUGUGCUUUACCUCGUUAGUAAUAGUCGCGUCGGCUAUAUUGUUUAGGGAAUGGGAGAACAUGAGCAUCGAGGAUAUACUGGGUUCGAUCUCUGCUUUCCUCAUUGUAAUAAUCGCAAUUUUUCUGUUAAACGCGUUCAAGGAAAUGGACGUAAAUUACGAGAAUAUCAGGCACAUGUUGCAACCAAAGCGAAAACCCGUUUUCUGUAGCAGUGACAGGGUCGAUGAGAGAUUAUUAGCGAGGUUCGAAUCGGAUUUAAUAAGUCAUACGUACGGGGCUCAGACUUUGUCAAGAAGUUUAUAAGUCCGACUUGUAGUUCUCUAAAACGGUCUGCGCUUAUUUUAAUCAGAUCUCGAUGAUUUGUAAUGUAUUAUUAUUGUAGAUAAUAGCAAUAAGUACAGUUAAGUAUUUAAAACAAUUGGGAGAUCAAUUGUUAACGGCAUGUAUAAAAUAAAUUUUUUUAUGUUUUCCUCUA